AUGGCGUUCGAUCUGGGACAUCUGUGGAUGUGGCUGGGGCUCAUUGCAGGAGGAGGGGUACUCUAUACCUUCGGUAUCAUCGUGUAUCGAGUCUUCUUCCACCCUCUGGCCAAGUACCCUGGCCCUUUUAUCGCCAAGAUUACAGAUGGAUACCAGCUUUACCACGCCUACAAGGGCGACCGACACCUCGAGUUCUGGAGAUUGCACGAGAAAUAUGGCAAGGUCGUCCGCUUCGGCCCCAACUCGCUGGCCUUCAACUCCAACAAGGCCCUCAAGGACAUCUACGGCUUCCGCUCCAACGUCCGCAAGGCCGAGUUCUACAAUGCGUUUGUGCAUCCCGCGGCCAACACCCACAACACCCGGGACAAGGAGCUCCACGCCAGGAAGCGCCGCGUCUUGUCCCACGCCUUCGCCGAGGGCGCCAUGAAGGAGAUGCAGCGCUACAUCUUGGGCAACGUCCGCACUUUUUGCGAGCAGAUUGGCAUCGAGGACGGCGGCGCCGAAGCCAAGGGCUGGUCGAAGCCCCGCAACAUGAGCGACUGGUGCAACUACCUGGCCAUGGAUAUUCUUGGCGACUUGAGCUUUGGAAAGGCCUUCCACAUGCUCGAGAGCCCCGAGAACCGCUUCGCACUCGGCCUAGUUGAGGCCGCAACAACCCGUCACCUGAUUUGUGGAACCAUGCCCGUCGUCGACCGUCUUAAGCUCGACAAGGUCCUCUUCCCUGGACUCGCUGCAGGCCGCGCCAGAUACAUGGCCUACAGCAAGGGACAGCUGACGGAGCGUACCAAGCUUGGCGAGGAGACGGAUCGCCGAGAUUUCUUCUAUUACCUCCUCAAGGCCCGUGACCCCGAGACUGGUCAGGGAUUCAGCACUCCCGAGCUCUGGGGAGAGUCAAAUCUACUCAUCAUCGCCGGAUCAGACACUACCUCCACCGCCAUGGCGGCCACGCUCUUCUACCUCACCCGCAGCGCUCGUGCCUUGAAGAUUGUAACAGAUGAGAUCCGCUCCAAGUUCAGCAACGUUGAAGAGAUCAGCCACGGUCCGGUUCUGGGAUCCUGCACCUACCUCCGAGCAUGUAUUGACGAAGCUAUGCGUCUCUCUCCGUCCGUUGGUGGCGUCCUCCCCCGUGAAGUCCUCCCCGGUGGCAUCACCAUCGAUGGCGAAACCAUCCCCGUGGGAACUGUGGUUGGCACUCCGCACUACACUAUCCACCAUAAUGAGGCAUACUAUCCCUCGCCCUUUGACUACGUGCCCGAAAGGUGGCUCGUUGGAGCUAUGAACCCCUUGACCGGCCGCCCAACCACCGAGGAGGAAGUCGCGCUUGCUCAGAGUGCCUUCUGCCCCUUCAGUGUCGGCCCUCGAGGAUGCAUCGGCAAAGGCCUGGCAUACGUGGAGAUGACCAACACCUUGGCGCGAACCAUGUAUCUUUACGACAUGCGGAGGGCGGUUGGCAUCGAGGAUCCCGGCGAGGGCAAGCCGAGCAACGAAUGGGGUCGACACCGGACGACAGAAUUCCAGCUGGUUGACACAUUUACGAGUGCCAAGAACGGUGCCAUGAUCGAGUUUCGCAAGGCAGAGGCGUGA